AGGCAGCCUCCUCUUUCCCGACUGUCACAUCUAUUUUCCAGCUCUGACGAGUGGCUGCCGGCUCCUCUGGGGCGCCCAUCCCCCACCCCACCGUCCACCUGCCACAGCCGGGCCAGCCCCGAGGACGAAAGGCAUCCUUGCUGCAGCCGCCGGAAUCUCGCGUCUCGGGGGCCUCCGGUCUCUGCUUCCAGACCUCUCCCCGCUCCCAGCCCCCCCCAUGCCGAGGUCCGCCUUGUCAAUCAUUUCCUUCUGUCACCGGCUUGGCAAACAGGAGAGAAAACGGAGCUUCAUGGGAAACAGCCGCAACAGUUGGUCUCAUGCGCCGUUCCCCAAGUUGGAGCUGGGCCUGGGGUCCCGGCCCGCAGUGCCGCGGGAGCUGCCGGCCUGCUCCAUCUGCCUGGAGAGGCUGUGGGAGCCCGUCUCGCUGGACUGCGGCCACGACUUCUGCCCGCGGUGCUUCAGCACACACCGCGUCCCGGGCUGCGAGCCGCCUUGCUGUCCAGAGUGCCGGAAGAUAUGCAAGCAGAAGAGGGGCCUCCGGAGUCUGGGGGAGAAGAUGAGGCUCCUGCCGCAGAGGCCUCUGCCCACCGCGCUGCAGGAGACCUGCGCCGUGAGGGCAGAGCCGCUGCUGCUGGUGCGCAUCAAUGCCUCCGGGGGCCUCAUCCUGAGGAUGGGGGCCAUCAACCGCUGCCUGAAGCACCCCCUGGCCAGGGACACCCCUGUCUGCCUCCUGGCCGUCCUGGGGGAGCAGCACUCAGGGAAGACCUUCCUCCUCAACCACCUGCUCCGGGGCCUGCCGGGCCUGGAGGCCGGGGAGGGCGGCUGGCCCAGAGGAGGCGGGGCCCUGCAGGGCCUCAGGUGGGGGGCCAGUAACCUCACCAGGGGCAUGUGGAUGUGGAGCCACCCCUUCCUGCUGGGAAAGGAGGGGAGGAAGGUGGCUGUGUUCCUGGUGGACACAGGGGACGCCAUGAGCCCCGAGCUGAGCAGGGAAACCAGGACCAAGCUGUGCGCCCUCACCACGAUGCUGAGCUCCUACCAGAUCCUCAAUACCUCCCCGGAGCUGAGGGAUACAGACUUGGAAUAUCUGGAGAUGUUUGCACACGUGGCUGAGGUGAUGGGCAGGCAUUACGGGAUGGUGCCGAUCCAGCACUUGGAUCUCCUGGUCCGGGACUCAUCACAUCCCAACAAGGCAGGGCUGGGCCACGUGGGUGACAUCAUCCAGAAGUCCUCCGGCAAAUACCCCAGGGUUCAGGAGCUGCUCCGAGGGAGGCGAGCCCGCUGCUACCUCCUGCCCACUCCCGGGAGGCGAUGGGCCAGCAAAGUCCCCGGGAGCCCAGGUGACACAGAUGACGAUAUCCGCCACCUCUGUGCCUACGUCGCCGACGUGCUGAGUGCAGCCCCCCAGCACGCCAAGAGCCGCUGCCAGGGGUACUGGAGCGAGGGCCGGCCCGUGGCCAGGGGGGACCGACGCCUGCUCACGGGGCAGCAGUUAGCUCAGGAAAUCAAGAACCUCUCAGGCUGGAUGGGGAGGACGGGGCCCGGGUUCGCCUCCCCGGACGAGAUGGCCGCCCAGCUACACGACCUGAGGACGGUGGAAGCUGCCAAGAAGGAGUUUGAGGAGUACGUGCGGCAGCAGGACGUGGCCACCAAGCGCAUAUUCACUGCGCUCCGGGUACUGCCCGACACCAUGCGGACCCUCCUCGCCACCCAGAAAGAUGCCAUCCUGGCCCGCCACGGGGCGGCCCUGCUGUGCAAGGGCAGAGAGCAGACCCUGGAGGCGCUGGAGGCCGAGCUGCAGGCCGAGGCCAAGGUCUUCAUGGACUCCUACACCAUGCGCUUCUGCGGCCACCUGGCGGCCGUCGGGGGCGCCGUGGGCGCUGGGCUCAUGGGCCUGGCGGGCGGCGUGGUGGGCGCGGGCAUGGCCGCAGCUGCGCUGGCUGCAGAGGCUGGCAUGGUGGCGGCCGGCGCGGCGGUUGGGGCCACGGGGGCUGCGGUGGUCGGCGGUGGCGUGGGCGCCGGGCUGGCUGCCACCGUGGGCUGCAUGGAGAAGGAGGAAGACGAGAGGGUGCAGGAAGGGGACCGAGAGCCCCUGCUGCAGGAAGAGUAACAGUAACAGGACCCGGGAGACCCAAGGGAGGUAGAGGUGCCAGGCGGGAGGGAAGGAGGUGCCGGAGGGGAGGGCUUGGGGGCGGUGUGGAGAGCCCGGUGUGCCACACCGCCCGCCUGAAUGCCCGGCGUCUGGGCGGCUGGCUGAGCCGGAUGAGCCAGGUGGCUCCAGGACCCUGGGGAGGCCGCCUGGAGGCAGUGACUAGAGGAUGGCGCCUGCCUCUGGCUGCAGACCAUUGCUACUCUGCCUCGGUUCCCAGACCAACUUGACCCCGGGGUUUCCCUCCCAGAGGGGGGCUCCACUGGCCUCCCCAUCCCGGCUUAUUCCCCUGAUGACCCCAAAUUGUAGGAAAGCUGAGCAGGCACCGUUCUGGAAGUCUCCCUUGGGUGGAGAGGAUCUGCCCUUUCACAGAUGGAGAGAAGCCCAAGGGCCAGGCGGCGUUGGUGCUCAGGCUCAGGGAGCACUCAUGAGUGGCUGGGGGAGAGAGAGAAGUUGGGGCCACUGGGCAAAACCAAAGAGUCCCGGUGUGGUGGACAGCGGCCGAAACCCCCGAGCGGAGGCACUGCUCUGAUGACUUUUCCCAGAGCUGCCCCAGGAGGAUGAUGGUGGCCUCCUUGACCCUUGACCCUCCUUGACCCUCUGCAGCCCCAGGGAGUCCACAUAUGCACUUUGAAUGGGGGGCCCUGUAGAUCUUCCCUCAUGGGUGUGCCCUUUGUUGAGCAAGCUCAGAGAGAGCAGAGAGCCCAAGUUCUUUCUGGAAUGCUGUCCCAGCAAUGGGUUAGAUGCCAAAGAAAAACGCCAGUAAUUGCAUUCUGAGCUACACCGGACAGCCCUCGGGAGUCUAUGAAAGUCCUGCAAGGGACAGCAAAGGGAAGAACACAUUCCAUCCUGAACACGGACACGCCCUCUUUCUGGACCCCAGGUCUGCAGGAGACCUGGGUGCGGCCCCCCGCGGGAACCCAGAGGGCUCAGCGUCCUUCCAUGGGACACAAAAGUCCUGCUGGAAGGCUUCGAGGCUAUUAAGCUGUAAACUAUUCAUGGGCGCCUUAUAUGAAAAAUAAAACGUGUGUGCUUGAGUGUCAA